AUGGACCUGCCCCCGCAGCUCUCCUUCGCCCUCUACGUGGCCGCCUUUGUGCUGGGCUUCCCGCUCAACGCCCUGGCCAUCGGAGGCGCCGUGUGGCACGCCCGGCUCCGCCUCACCCCCAGCCUGGUCUACGCCCUGCACCUGGGCUGCUCUGAUCUCCUGCUGGCUUCCUCUCUGCCCCUGAAGGCGGCAGAAGCCCUGGCAGGGGGAGCCUGGCCACUGCCGGCUGCGCUCUGUCCUGCCUUCGCCCUGGCCCACUUUGCUCCGCUCUAUGCGGGCGGAGGCUUCCUGGCCGCCCUGAGCGCAGGCCGCUACCUGGGAGCUGCCUUCCCCCUGGGCUACCAAGCCAUCCGGAGGCCGCGCUAUUCCUGGGGCGUGUGUGUGGCCAUAUGGGCCCUGGUCCUCUGUCACCUGGGGCUGGUCCUUGUGUUGGAGGCUCCUGGAGGCUGGAUGGACAAUACCACCAGCCCGCUGGGCAUCAACACGCCAGUCAAUGGCUCUCCAGUCUGCCUGGAGGCCUGGGACCCAGCCUCAGCGGGCCCUGCUCGCCUCAGCCUCUCUCUCCUUCUCUUCUUUCUGCCCCUGGCCAUCACAGCCUUCUGCUACACAGGCUGCCUCCGGGCACUGGCCCGCUCAGGCCUGAGCCACAGACGGAAGCUGAGGGCAGCCUGGGUGGCUGGCGGAGCUCUGCUCACACUGCUGCUCUGCUUAGGACCCUACAAUGCCGCCAACGUGGCUGGCUUCCUGCACCCCAACACGGGGGGCCGCUGGCGGAAGCUGGGGCUCAUCACAGGUGCUUGGAGCGUGGUGCUCAACCCAUUGGUGACCGGCUACUUGGGAGGGCGUAUUGGCCAGAGGACAACAUGUGUGGCGAGAACAAAAGGGGGGACGUCCCAGAAGUAG